UGCCAUGGGUCGAGAUCUCCUGCGGUGCUGCUGGCGCUGGUGCUGGCGACGACGGCGGUGCAGAUGCUGGUGUUCCUGCCCGCCGCCUCAGGCCUGCCGCCCAUCAUCAGAGUCGGAGCGAUGUUCACGGAAGAACAGCGAGAGGGACCCACGGAACUCGCCUUCAAGUACGCAGUCUAUCGUAUUAAUAAGGAGUCGUCGCUUCUGUCCAAUACAACGCUUGUGUACAACAUUCAAUACGUGCCUAAAGAUGACUCGUUUCAUGCCUCUAAGAAGGCGUGCGAGCAGAUCUACUCCGGCGUGCAGGCGGUGUUCGGGCCGUCCGACCCGCUGCUCGGCUCGCACAUCCAGUCCAUCUGCGACGCCCUCGACAUCCCCCACCUGGAGGCGCGGCUGGACCUCGAGCCGGAGUUCAAGGAGUUCUCGAUCAACCUCCACCCUUCGCACGAGAUCCUCAACCGCGCGUUCCAGGACGUCAUGACUUUCCUCAACUGGACGAAGGUCGCCAUCAUCUACGAGGAGGACAUCGGCCUCAUCAAGCUCCAAGAACUGGUCAAGUCUCCGCCCAAGGAACACAUGGAGUUCCUCAUAAGACAGGGCUCCACCAGUAACUACCGGGAACUUCUGAAGGAAAUUAAGAACAAGGAGAUUUACAACAUCAUCGUCGACACCAAACCGGAAAACAUGAAUCACUUCCUCAGAGGGAUUCUUCAACUUCAGAUGAAUGACUACAAAUACCAUUACUUGUUUACGACGUUUGACAUCGAGACGUUUGACCUGGAAGACUUCAAAUACAACUUCGUGAACAUGACCGCGUUUCGACUCGUGGAUUCGGAACACUACCGAGUCCGGCGAGUGCUGAAGGACAUGGAGAAAUUCCAGCCCGUUGGACACAACAUCCUCAACCGCAGUCGGCCCCCUUUUUUUGCAUUGCAGGCAGAACCCGCCCUUAUAUACGACAGCGUGUACGUGUUUGCACUGGGACUGCAAGCCCUCGAGAGGUCUACCACGCUCAGGGUUGCCAACCUCUCCUGCGACCAUGAGCUGCCUUGGAGUGAUGGAUCGUCCCUCUUCAACUAUAUAAAUUCGGUGGAAUUUCGAGGCAUCACCGGCCCGAUCCAGUUCAAGGAAGGCCGGAGAACCAACUUCAAGUUAGACAUUCUCAAGUUGAAGCAACAUUCACUCGUUAAGGUCGGGGAGUGGGGUCCAGGUAUCGGGGUUAACAUCACCGAUAGAGCGGCCUUCUACGACCCCGGUACAAUGAACGUUACUCUUCUUGUUACUACUAACUUGAACAACCCGUUCGUGAUGAUGCGCCCCGGCAAGAACUUUACCGGGAACUCUCGCUUCUACGGGUUCUGCGUGGACCUCCUGCACGAAAUCUCGCUCUUGUCUGGCUUCGACUACAUCAUCGAGCUGUCUCCCGAGGGGGUUUACGGCGCCCAGAACCCCGUGACGGGCGAGUGGAACGGGGUCGUGAGGCAGCUCAUGUCGGGGGAAACGCCCUACGUGAUGCUCCGGAAGGAGGGCAACCUGACGGGGAACGAUCGCUUCGACGGCUUCUGCGUGGACAUGCUGAAGCGCAUCGCCGUCAUGGUGGGCUUCCAGUACAUCAUCCGUCUCUCGCCGUCCAGGACCUACGGCAUCCAGGACCCUGACACCGGAGAGUGGAACGGCAUCGUCAGGGAACUGCAGGAUAGUAAAGCCGAUCUUGCGAUAGGUUCGUUUACCAUCAACUACGCGAGAGAAAACGUCAUUGAUUUCACCAAGCCUUUUAUGAAUGUCGGCAUCAGCAUUUUGUUCAAGGUCCCGACGAGCCAGCAGACGCGCCUCUUCUCCUUCAUGAACCCGCUGGCCAUCGAGAUCUGGCUGUACGUCCUGGCCGCCUACGUGCUCGUGUCCAUCACCAUGUUCAUCGUCGCCCGGUUCUCCCCCUACGAGUGGCACAACCCCCACCCGUGCGCGCAGGAGAACGACGUCGUGGAGAACCAGUUUUCGCUCUCCAACAGCUUCUGGUUCACCAUCGGCACGCUCAUGCAGCAGGGCUCGGAUCUCAACCCGAAGGCAUGCUCGACGAGGAUCGUGGGCGGCAUCUGGUGGUUCUUCACUCUCAUCAUCAUUUCGUCGUACACCGCCAACCUCGCUGCCUUCCUCACCGUCGAGAGGAUGAUCACGCCCAUUGAGGGCGCGGAGGACCUCGCUUCUCAGACGGAGAUCUCCUACGGGUCCCUGGCAGGAGGCACCACCACGACCUUCUUCAGGGUGAGACUCCCCGAGGGCCUUUUGCAAGGACACGGUCGAGGACUUGGCCCGCCAGACCGAGAUCUCUUACGGGACGCAGAGGUCAGGGUCCACCAUGGCCUUCUUCAGGGUGGCGUGUUCGUGGUGCUGCUGUGUGGUCUCGCCUUCGCUGUCCUCAUCGCCAUUCUGGAGUUCUGCUGGAACGCCAAAAGAAACGCACAGAUAGAUCGGCACGCAACUAACCCCCUUUUCCCGUGUUCUCUUUCUCCUCCACAGCAAUCGCUCUGUUCGGAGAUGGCGGAGGAGCUGUGCUUCGCCAUGCGCUGCCGCGGGUCCAGGCAGCGGCCGGCGCUGAAGCGGCAGUGCUCGCGGUGCAUUCCUGGCGCCACCUACGUCCCGUCGGCGCUCGAAGUCCCGCACCUCAACGGUAACGGAGAGACUGGCCAGACGGGGACGACUGAGCUACGACCUCGGAAAUCCUCCUUAAAGUCGUCCUUACCCAGCCUCGCUCCUCCUUACGAUCUCAAGGUCACGCCGGAUAUCAACUAGCUGAAAGGAAGAUAAGAGAAAAAAGGAAGGAGGAAAGGAAAGGAGGAAGUAGGAAAGGAAGGAGAGUUGAGGAGAAGUCUGCGGGAGUCGAGCGAAGCUGGUCUUUCUCCGGUGAAGAUGGAGGAAUUUUAGAUUUUUCAUCUUUCAUUUUUUUUCUUUUCUUUUUUCUCUUCUUUUAAUUUGCUUUUGAUCAGUCAAUUUGAUCAGCAAUUCUUGAAGCCAGUGCGAACUAACGGUGGUAUAUAUCAUAAUAUUCUCCUUUAACGCAAGAGGAGAG